GUGCGAUGCGAGUCGAUUGCGCCCACGGCUUGCCAACAGCUGGUAGAAAGUACACCACCAGUGCGGUUCCGUUGACUUCAGUUGUACUCAACACGCGGUAGGUAUCGUACGUACCGACGCAAAUGUAACCGGCCGAACGCGGGAAAUAGUUGCGUCCUAGCUCUGUGAAAGAAAAAAGAAAAACAAACAUAAGGAAAAACAUAACAAUAAAUAAACAAUAAAAAAUGGGUGUCUGUGUAAGGAUUGCUGUCCUGUUUCUCUUGGUUUCUGCAGCAGUCGCUGUUCCCUCAGGAGACUCUAAAUGGAUUCCAAAGAUCGAUGAUGAGCAAGGAGAUUUAGCUGCGGAAUCGUCAGAAAUCAUACCAGAAACAGUGGCUCCACCGCCCAGUUUACAGAGACAACUAGUGCCAGACUCGCUCGCAGCCGCCGAUCGAACAGACCACUCGAUAGAAGUCGUUGGCGACUCACAGAACUUCUUCCCAACGUUUGCCAACUUGUUCGAGCCCAGACAGCAAAACAACUUCAGAUUGGGCUUUAGUAGCCAAGAAGCAGCGUACAGCCAACGACCGAACUCUUACAGAUCAUUGCUAAAUCAUCCUCUAUUCGGCAGUUAUAAAGGAUUAGAAGGUUUUGGAAAACAGGGCCACCAGGCAGCUGCGGAGCCCAUAGUAGAUGCAAGCACAAGCGUUCUCGGAUCUGGAAAUUUCGGAAUACUUAGAGGCGGCACUUUCUCUGCACGAAACGAGGAAGAAUCGGCAGAGUUCGAUGGAUUCAAUAAUUACUACAACAAUGGUCAUGGAAGACCGUCUCUUAACGUCGGGUACAUAGCAAAUCCUCGACCGAACUACAACCAAGAUCAAUUCGCUAACUUCCGCGAUUUCGCUGACAUUAAUGCUCCAGCCAACCCUGCAUACUCACAUUUCGUCGUGGUUUAUGCUAACAAAAAUGCCACUCUAGACGAAGUCAGUGAAGAAACCAGAAAUGUACUAACGAAACCUAAAAAUAUUAUUGAAACGCUAGAGCAGCUCGAUACACCGAACCCGCCGAAGAAGAAGUCGAAAGUAAAAGCAAAACUGGAAGCGACGAAACAAAAGAUGCUUCACAAGAAAGAGCAAUGGAAGAAAAGCAAUUCUAAAUACCUCAGCCAAAAACACGAUCCAGAAGAACCGUUACUAGCUUUAAGUUAAGCCUAAGUCUAGUGUUUAUAAUAUAAUUAUUAUGUGAAAAGACUUGCGUUGUAUACGUAUUAGCGAUAAGAAAUAGUAUACAAUUAUUGUUGUCACUUGAAAGAUGUGAUAAAAGGCUCACUGUCUAAAUUAAUUAAGCCUAGUGUGACUCGUGCUGUGAGGAAUUGAAAAUUAUGCUCGGAGAAUGACUGUUGUGUGCGAAAACUGGAAAAUAAAUUAAUAUUUUAAGUUAAA